CGCUGGCAUACAACUUCUGCGAUAGUUCGACGACGUCGAGCCUGAGUUGAGAGGGAAAGGAAACAGAUUUGUCAAGUCACGUAUAACUGUUGAGUGUCUAGACACUCACGGACGACAUGGCUUCACAAACGGUCAAUGGAGGGGUCCUCGCUGGUAUCAUCGUGGCAGUCGUAGUUGCAGUGCUACUGCUGGUCAUCAUCGUCGUACCCCUUGCGAGACGCCGCAUGACCCAGGUGCGACUAUCCAAGGUAGAUGUCGAGCAGCAGAGUGGAAAGGUAUCACAUACUCGAACGAAGUCUGCUCUGGAUGCCGAGUUGCCAUUACUCAACCCCGUGUCCCCCUUGUUUGGAGAGUCCGGGAACCUUCCGUCGGUGACGGACCAUGACCACGGGAAGGAAAGCUCAGAUCAUACAGCUGAGAAAGGGUUCCCGCAAAAGCCGAGGAGUCAUACCUCACAUCGCGGGUCGCCCGAGUACCAAGAGAGCCCUCCUCCGUCAUAUCAUCCCCCCGUCGAACAAGCUUCUCCGGGUGCCCAAGUUAGAGCGCCGAUACCCUUGCCCUCACAGCCACCACAACCCCAGCCAGUUCCUGGUGCGAAGGCUUCCGAUAAUUCGAGUCGUUCCAAGAGCAGAGCCAGGCUUGGACUGCGACGUGCUCCGAUGGAGACACUGGUGGAGCAGUCUGAUCUGUCAUCAGGAGACGACACCUCUCGCGCUCGAACGCUCAGUCCAGAGGGGGGCCUGCAAAUUCCCUCCUUCCGUCGUCCCUCUGCUAUGGCACGCCUUGUCACGCAACCUCUAACGACCGCAUUCCGGAACAGUCUGCGCUCUAUCAGCACGCAGUCUACAGCUUCUUCCCCCUCGUCCUCAGGCGCUCUGCACCACUAUCCCUCGUUCACCGCGUCUACUGCGACAUACGCUACCGCGGCCGAAGAGUUCUCUCCCAAUGAUUCCCGAACGGACGUUUCAUUACGAUCGCAGCCCUCGAAUUCACGACCACCACGAGCGCUCCGCCCAGGUGCCUCUGCACCGCCAACGGAUUCGCGUUCGUCCAAGCGCGCGCACUUACGACCAUCAGAUGCUAUCCAGACGCCCACGCUUCACGAAACACGCCUCCCGCUAUCUAUGCCGAGGCAGGCUAGUAUCAACUUUGUAGGAACUACAACGCCAGGUCCUGGACGGACUGUGCGGUGAUCUCUCGUCACGGACUAUAUGGCUGGGCCGUGUAGCUGCUUAUAUCGUCACGUCUCUCAGUGCGCUUCGGACACUAUUCACUUGUCGUAUGCAUGAUUUAUCUCACCUUG